UUGUUCAUAAAUUAGAAACAAAAACAGUGGGCACAGUGAGUUACAAACACCAACAAUGGAGUCACCACCACCACCACCACCUCUUGUUACUUUACCAAAAAUGAAUGACCUAACAACAAAACAACACAACAUAGACGAAAUAAUAGGGUUUCUAGAUCAAAAUUUGAAAACCAAACAAGACCUGUUUAUCGAAUCCACUCAAUUUCUCAUCUCUUCUUCACUCACUAAACAAUGCUCUCAAAUCCAAUCUUAUCUCCUUAACCGCAUCACUAAACGCACCGUUUCAUGGAUUUCUCGCUCCUUCAAAGCUAAUUCCUCUUUUCAUCAACUCACUCUCUCACUUCAAAAUCUCUCUCUCCUCACUUCUCCCCAUGGAGUUGGUUCUAAGAGAUUUCGAUGGGUUUUGAGUGACGAGCUUCCACGAUUGGCGAAAGAAUUGAACCGAGUUGAGUCAGUUCGUAGCUAUCUUGAGACUGCUGUACAGCUAGAAGCUUCGGUUGGAGAUCUUGAAGAUGCUGCUCUCUAUGUCAUGGCCUGUCACACUGGCAAUAUGUUUUCAUCAAAGCUCUCAGUUUCAUCAAUUUCUGAUGAUAAUGCAAGAAAGCAUGACAAGUUGCUUCAGGCCAUAAAAUCCAUGAAUGACAUUGAGCAAGUGUUGGUCGUCAUUGUGAAAUUCCAUUCUCAAUGGCUGUGUCUUCUGAGGUCUGUGGAUGUUAGAGUGGAUAAAAUCUUGGCUGCUCUUCGGCCAAAAGUUUUUGCAGAUCAUCGAGCUCUUCUUGCUUCUCUUGGGUGGCCACCAAAACUGCUGCAAUCAGAAAACGGAAGCGAACAAAUCACAGACCUUCCUAAUCCACUAGUUCUAAUGCUGGAAGAUAAAAGAAGAAAUUACUCUCAAAGUUUUAUAGCUCUUUGUGCUUUACAGCAUCUACAAGAUAAAAGGGAAGAGAGACAGAAUAAUAAUCUUAAGAAAAGUGAGAAGCGCAAUUUACGGCUUUGGUCUAUUGAUGAACUAGUUUCUCCUAUUUCAUCGAGGAUGGAAUACCAUUUCGGAAAAUGGACUGAGCAGCCAGAAUAUAUGUUUGCUCUGACAUAUAAAGUUACCCGGGGUUUUAUUACAGGAGUAGACGAUGUCUUGCAGCCUAUUAUUGAUAAGGCGGGGCUUAUCAGUUGUAGUGCAAAGGAGGCGUGGGUCUAUGCGAUGGUUCAAGUGCUUUCUGGCUUUCUAGAAAAGAAAGUUAUCGCUUUGCUUGCUGAACGAUACAACGCAAAGCAUUUGAAAUCUGAUGUGUUAUCUUCAUGGCUUCACCUCGUAGACCUUAUCAUUGCUUUUGACAAAAAGAUGCAAUGUCUUGUCAAUCUAGAUACUUGUUUCUUGGUGGAGUCCGGAAAUUUUGAAGGGCCCUCAAGAGGUAUGUCAGUUUUAUCGAUAUUCUGUGAUAGGCAUGAUUGGCUGAAGAUCUGGGCAAAAUUAGAAUUUAAAAAUGCCUGGACGAAACUUAAUACAGAGUUGAAAGAGGAGAAAAUGUGGGUUGUUUCUGGCACAUGUAAAUCUGGGAUUGACACUGAUCAGGAACAUCUGUUAUCCACUACAGAAGAUCUCAAAGCUCCGCCAAUUGCAGACUUCUUCCUUAAAGUUAUAUGGGAAAUGAUUGAACGCUGCCAAACUAUGCCGUCCCUUUUACCGCGUGCACAAUUUAUUAGAUCUGCAGCAGGAAGAUUCAUUUGGUAUUUCUUUAAGAUAUUGCUUUUGCGGUUCAAGGCAACUGAAUUAUCUCCUCAUAAUUUUGAUGAUGGUUCCAUAGUUAGAGCAUGCGGGUUAAUUAAUGCAUCCAGGUAUAUUUCUAUUAAACUUCAAGAAUGGAGUGACGCUGUGGAUUUUUUGGAGAUGAAAAUCGCGGAAAAUGAUUCUAGCAAGAAAAAACUAGAUGAUAGGAUGGAUAGUGACUGCUUUUUUGAUGAAGAGAUAAGAAGCUUGUCUGAAAUGGAAACCAACUGGCUUGUGGAAAUUAUUGCGGUUAUUCUUCGACAAUUUGAAAUACUUUCUUGGGAAUAUGUUCAAAACAAAUAUAGCUUUGAGGAAGAUCAAGAUUAUAGUAACCUAGGUGCUUCAAGAGAUUCAAUCGAUUUAGUUGUCUCCAAUGAUUUUGUUGAAGCUUUAGAUGCUUUAAAAAGUUGGCUCAAUAUUGUGAAGAAAAAUCUCAACAAAAAAGAUUUCUUAGAUUUAUGGAGAAGCAUUGCGGAAGGACUAGAUCAUUACAUUUCAAGCAGCAUUUCAACAAGCGAGAUUCGGUUCUCUAAGAUUGGGAUCAAUCAAUUUGAUGCUGAUAUGCAAGCUUUGAUAUUCAUUUUCCAGCCUUAUUGUGCUCGGCCGCAUGCAUUUUUCCCUUGUAUUAAUGAGAUUCUUAAGCUUUUGAAGCUAAAAGAAGAAGAGGCAAAUAUAAUUAAAGGGUUACUAUCCAGUGAGGAAAGUGGACGUAAAUGUUUGCAUCUUCGUGGAAUUCGUCAUCUAUCAGUUAACCAAGUUCUUCAAGUUCUUAGAUACCGAAACUGAGUCACUUGAUUUAUGGUAUCAAGUUGUUGCAGAAAUCUUGGCCAAAUAAGCAAAUUCUAAUAGAAUAUGCAUAUGAAAUAAGCAAAUACAGAAGUCAUUACUGGCUGUAUGGAAAGUUGUUGGAAUUGUGAUGUAUUGAGCUCUCCCCACAAAUGACUGUAUGGAAAGUUGUUGGAAUUGUGAUGUAUUGAGCUCUCCCCACAACAUGUAAAGUUUUUUGACAAACAACACCUUGCAUACAGUCAUUUGUUGACGAGAGAAAAUGUAUGGAACUGUGUGCUGCAUUGGCUUAAAUGCAAAGCAAACUUGCUGGAACUCAACUACCAGCUGCAAAAUCUCAGCUUAGUUUCUAAAUAUGAGAUUGGUAAAUUUCAAAGGGUAUUGAAUGAAGAAUUUCCUGAUGCAAAAAAUGUGAAAACUGAGUCUAUAUCACACAUCUGUGAGUUAGGAGACUGUCUAGUUUUGAAGCAUUGUUCAAACAACUGGAAUUAUUAAUUGAAUACCUCUUUUGCUUGAUUUUUUUUUUUUUCAUUUAAGAGUGCAAAAGGUUAGACAUGAGUGUUUGUUGAUGCUUGGGUUCAAUUUUGGUAAAUAUCUCCUGUUAUACUGUCUAAAUCAAAAUCUAAUCAUUUUUCUA